AUGGAGGGAGGGAGCUGCCGGGCGGCAGCAGCGUCGGCUGUCCUCCCGGUUCCGGACGAGCUCAUCGUCGAGAUCCUCGCGCGGUUGCCAGCCAAGUCGCUCUGCCUCUGCAAGUGCGUCUCGCGGGCCUGGCGCGCCUUCAUCUCCGAUCCGGCCAACCGUCGCAGGUUCGCGCAGACGCUGUCAGGCCUCUUCUUCUCCCGUCCCUACGGCAGCCGUCCGACCUGGGACUUCGUCGGCUUGUCUAUGUCUUCGGUUUUGCCUCCGCCUCCCGGCGUUGAUGCGGUUCUCUCCUUCCUGCCCCCCACCUGUGGGGAGAUGGAGCUGCUGGACUCUUGCAAUGGGCUGCUCCUCUUGCGGUGCGAGGACUCAAGGGAACGGCCUUCACCACCACCCUUCUACGUCGUGUGCAAUCCAGCCACAGGGGAGUGGGUUGCCUUACCCCAACCAAGCCGUGUCCCGGGUUUUGUUGGGUAUUCUACCACUGUCGGUCGAACCAUGGACACCGGCUCAGCAGCACUAGGCUUCGAUCCAUCAAUCUCCCCGCAUUUCUAUGUGUUUCAGCUGGUGCAGGUGUUGACUCACUUAGAUUUCUUCGUCCGGGCAGUGGAGAUAUACUCAUCCCAAACUGGCAGAUGGGUUCUCAGUGAAAUCGAGUUACAGGGUGAGAUGGCAGAUGAGAGCGACUACAUCCACUUCACAGGCCAAAUGACCUAUUUCAAAGGCUUCCUGCAUCUCUGCAUGAGGUCCAAUGCAGUUGUCUCAGUGCACACAGAGGGCAAGACAUGGAAGAUCUCCCAAUUGCGGCACCGGCAACAUGAGGGUUAUUGCCCUGGUUUUUCUGUAUGUCAUUCUCAGGGACGCUUACUUUUUGUUGACAGCAAUGACAGGUCGAGUGAUGUCAUGUCAAUCUAUGUUCUUGAGGAUCUUGACAGUGAGGAAUGGACGUGGGUCUUCAAGCAAAGCAUCGAGAAGCCAGAUCUAUUUGGACCAAGAAUGCCACAAAGGAUAUGGGACUACUACACAGCUGCGUUUCAUCCAGACAGCGAUUUGAUUUUCUUCUAUGAUUGGUCUCAGAAAAGACUGGUGUCCUAUGAUAUGAAACACAGGGAUGUGCAUGUUAUAUAUACUCUAGAAGUGCCCUAUUUUGAGUUUUGCAAAUUUUUACCGUAUGUUCCGUUGUACUCAGGGGCAUUACCAUCAUCCUGUCUCAACUAG